AUGGCGCGGCGCUCAGCCAGGCUCCAAAAGCAAUCGCCAGCGCCCACAUCCGCGCGCUCGGACGACUCCCGCGACAGCUGGGAGACGGCUCCCUCGCGCGAGCAAUCGCCUGCUCAAGCGCAGCUUCCCGCCGUGGCAGAAGCCGAAGAGCCCACGAUGAAGACCCCGCAGAAGCGCGCCGCCGCCGCAAAGACUUCCAAGGCCUCGCAGCUUCCACAGCCAGCCACGACGCCUUCCCGAACCCCCAGCAAUCGCACCCCGAUCAAGCCGGCUGGCACCGAAAUGCACCCUGCGCACCAUCACGCCAGCACGGCCAAGUUCCUCGACGAAGCGCGGUGGCUCGGCUUCCAGGCUUUGGGUGCACACACAGCUCCGCCGAAGCCUAUGGGCAUGAGCGCCGGCCAGGACACACCGACCAAAGCGACCCCAGGCAAGGUGCCCGACGGCGACGUUGUGUCGCCGGACACUCGCUUUCGCUUCCGUUUCAAGUCUCCUCUCAAUGCUCUUAGCCCGUCUUCGAGCCGCAUCUUGAAGGACACCACACAGGCGACAGAGGGUCGCGGUCUCUUCAAGGCAAAUGAGUUCACUGCGCCCGUCGACAUGACCCCCAAGCGCAAGACCGUCGUUCCCAAGGGGAAGAUGGCGCGAUUCAGUGAUAUUCACAUGAAAGAGUUCAAGAAGAUGGACUCGAUCGCAAACCAUCCCUCCGCAUUCCGCGCCAAAGCACUGCAGGCGUCGUCAUCUAAGCCCGACCUUACAAAGGCUGAGACCAGCGCGAAGACCCCGAACACACUGAAGCGGACGCAGUCCAAGAUGGAUCUGCUAGAGUCAAUGCCCAAGGCUCCUGCUUCCGCAUUGAAGCGCACUCAGUCGAAAGUGGACGUAGCGGAGACCACUACCAAAAUUGCGCCUACACCGCUCAAGCGGACUCAGUCGAAGAUGGAUAUGUCGAGCAGCAGCCUUCCCCGAGCGCAAACGAUCCGAGCUGUUCCGCCGUCUCGUGACGGCCCUCGCCCAACGCAAGAGGCCAACCCCUUCGCGAAGCGUGUCAAGCGCACCGAGGCCGACGACGCUGCUACAACGCGCCCAAUCUCUCGCGAUGGUCCUGCAACGAACACACUUGUUGCUGGUACCCCAACACCGGCUCGGAAGAAGACGGGCCUGCCUCGACUUGCAGAUAGGCUGAUGACACCGACCAAGUCUUCCAUCGCGCGAUCACAGAGUGUAAAGCCACUCAAGUCUCAGUCGAUGAUAUCGGGCCCGUCUUUACUGCGUUCGCCGUCGACUAAGAACCUCUUCUCGCCCACGAAUGCUGGCACACCUUCCCCAACGAAGAACAUCUUCUCGCCUACCAACAUUAGCAACGCCGUUAGGGACGGUGUUCGUGAUGGUAUUCGCAAGACAAGCAGCUCCCUCCAGCGCGUUCGAUCCAUCCUCCGCACGCCGAGCCGCAAGUUCUCCGAUGAUCCCACAAAGGUUGCUGCGGGCACCCACAUGUCUCCGCCCUCCGCCCUGAACACGAUCCAUGUCCUCCCUGCGAUGCCUAAGACAGCACCGGUCAAAAAGCAGGUCAAUUUUACAAAUAGUACUCUAGAGCGAGCAGCCUGGGACGAGGUUGGCAAGUCUCCCUCGCCAAUGAAGUUGCGUGCUGGGUCCGAGAUACCCUCUGGAGCAGUCAUCUAUCCCAGCCUGGGCAACUCGGUCGAAUAUCCCACUAUCCCCGAGGGCAACGACUCGGCUCCUGAUUCGCCAUCGCGUCGUCUCACAUUCGGCGGUGCUACGGCGACCACACCAGCUGCAUUCUCAUUCCAGUCCGACAAGCCGAUCGACUUCGGACCGCCUUCGACCGGCACGAUUCGCAUGGUUCGAAAGAGCGACGCUUCAUCACUCGCCGAGGGCAAGAAACGGAAGCUCGAUACCGUCUCCGAAAGCUCGGACAAGGAGAACAGCGAGCCUGCGCCGGAUGCUGGACGAUCUGCCAAGAAAGUAAAGACUGCUCCCGCAGAAGUCCCGCAGACGCCAGCGAAGUCUGCGUCGAAGCUGCCCCGCCGCACUCCACGCGGAGGCUCUCUCACCAAGUCCCGGCUUGCUUUCUUGGCUACCCCGAAGCGCGGCAAGGCUUGA